AUGACUGUACCUAGUCGCGAACUAUGGCUCACUCCUUCGAAGACGCUUGCUACUCAUUCUAAAUUCUACCCUGCGAAGAUCACAGUAUCCCACCACCAACUGCGACACUUCAUCAGUUCGUCGGAGAAAGACCUCGUCUACUAUGUGUCCUGCAAGGAUGUGUUUGUUCUCGACCUCGCAACCCAACAGAACUCGUUGAUCGCAACGAUACCUUUCGAGUCCCGAUGUCUGGCUGCCGACCUGGGCUGGGUCUGCGUGGGCGGAGAACAAAAUGGCGACUGCGCCUUCAUCAAGAUCGAGAAGGACGAACAUGAUCGGCCCACAUGCUUUGGUCACGAUAUGAAUAUUGACAUGUUGGGAGGAGAAAUCGUCAACGCUAUGAGCAUUCACAGCUUCUUGAAUCAUGGCAAGACUCCCGACGAACCAGUGGUCUUGAUCAGUAAUAACGACAAGACGGUCAAGGUCUACUCUCUUGCCCAACGCAAGGUGCUGACGACUCUGGUGCAUCCCGUCCCAAUGAACUUUUCAGCCUUGUCGCCCGACUCUACGAUCCUCGCUGCGGUUGGGGACUCCGACCGUGUAUACUUCUACAGACGACACCUGGAGAAAGCCCCCGCCACUGGUGAUUCUUCCAGCAGGUACGCCCAAUAUCUCUGGCGGAUGUUCGCAAAUCCCACGGUACCGACGGGUGACCCCGUCUAUGAUGACCACAGCUUUGCAGUGACUUUCUCCCCUUCUGGUUAUCUGUGCGCCGCUUCCUCCCAAGGUGGAUCCAUCUCGGUCUUCGACAUGCAACAUCUUCUGAGCAGCAACGAGCCCGGUGAAUCGUCCAUUAUAUGCACCUUCAGGUCGUCCCGGCAAGCUUUGUUUGGAUGCGUCAGGUCCAUGACCUUUUCUCCAGCACCGUGGGAUCUCUUGGUCUGGGCAGAGGACCAUGGCAGGAUAGGUAUCGCGGACGUGAGACAAUCGUGUGUCCGACGGCAAAUAUUAGACCUCGAUCGUCAGAAAACAGAGGAAGUCAAGCUCGAAGAUGGAACUCCUGUCGCGUUUCGCAACAUUGGUCACAAGGAACGGUUGACGCAGCAGCGUCUCGCGCGGCUACGAGCGAUGCGCAACCUGUCUUCUAGAGGAUUAGACAACGAGCUCGGCGCUGAUGAUCUUCUGAACGAGUCUGUGCAGAGGCAUCGUCGUCGCGACCUGGUCAACUAUGAGGGCUUGGAUCUGGACGCGCGAGAAAGAUCAGUUGUCGAAGCGCUCGACCGGCUAAUGGACAACAUGGAUACGCCACCGCCAAGUCACCCAACAACCAACAGCUCGACUGCUAGCCCAGCUUGGAUUGCUGGGAGACUGACAAAUGAUGGUAGUAGUCGCUCUGUUGGGCCUCGCCAUCAUGAACCGAGGAGGAGAUCAUCUGUGAUCCUAUCCGAGCCCAACGGAAGUCGAUAUCUCGAUCUCAACCCGAGCCACCGUCUUAGGCUAUCUGCAUCCCCGGCACGCAUUGGCGACGAUGAAGACCCAGCAGCCACGUCGACAAAUACCUCAAUUCCAGCACCUGGGUCUGAGUCCCAGCCGGGACCCUCUACCAUUCUGCCAAAUGCCCGGAGUGCGAUUCCAACGGCACCUGGGUCGGACUCCAGUCAUCCCAGUCAAACGCUGCUGACUCGGGUCGAAGCCGCCUUGGACGCGGAACGGCAACUGGGAAACCAGCUGGAGCGUCAACUCGCCGAUGAGAGACAGUUGUCACUCCUGCUUCGGCGGCAGCUGGAUACACAGCAGCGUCUACUCUCCGAGAACUCCUACCAACUGGAGCGUCUUCGUGCGGUAGCAAGGGAGUCACACGGCCAGAUUGCAGCUUCAUUGGAACGGAUCGUCCAGCGACAGCUGACGUACGAGCAAGAAUACCUACAACAACGGUCACGGGAAUUGCAGAGCCAAUUGAGAGUUGGCACGGAGUACUUUCGACGGUUGGAAACCGAGCGCGACCGGCUCUUGGGUGGGGUUUCGGGCGGCAGCGACGUGAACACUGUCCAUGCUUCCGAUAUGAGCUCGGCUCGGACUACGACGCUGCCCACCACCAAUCUCAGUUCUUCUGGUCAGUCCGACAGCGUUCCCAGCAUCCUCGCGAUUCAUUCCGAGUCCAGCCGUGAGAGACUAGCACAUGUCGAGAACUUGGAACGACAAGUACGCAGAGCAGAAUCGCGAGUCGCACAAGCCGUCCUCGACACCCAAGCCCUGGAAAACGUCAUUCUGCACAACUUUGAUACCGAAUUUGCGGCCAUGCAAAGAACUCUGAGUGCGGCCGAAGCUCGUUUGGCAUCCAUCGGAAGCAGGCUCGACGCCGAUUCCAACGCUCAUGAGGCGGCGGCGGCGGCGGCAAGCAACACUGCUGGUACUGGUUCCCCUCCAAGAGAGCGCUUACUUAUUGUUCCUCCCUCCGCAGCAAUCACUGCUGCCCUCCGCCGUGUAUCUUCCGGUCCGCCAGCUCAGCGUGCUGGUGCCGGCAGUGGGAACGAGGCCGGACGUGUCGAUGUGACCAGAUCUGGCGCCGGCCGCAUCGAUGCGGAGACGCGGGUGGCGAGUAUCAUGUUCUUGAGUAACCUGUCCGGAAACCGUUCACUCGACGCCAACGGGAACUGGAUGCCUGUGGCGGCUGGAUCUCGGUUGCAGCGCGUGAUGGGUCCUGGUGGAAGGUCGACGGUUGCCGCAGGAGUGGCAGGCCAGGUCGAGCUCGGCACAACGGGAAUCGCGUUCAGCCCAGACGGGCAAUUCCUGUACGCCGGCUCUGAAGAAGGAAUCUUUGAAUUCAAGGUCAACCUCCGCGACCGCAUGGCUUUCCCGUCCUUCGAGGUCAGGUGA